AUGGGAUCAAAUCGCGAAUCUGUACCAAGCAAAAAAAUGCUGGAUAAUUAUGAAGAACAAUUCAAUACGUUGAAGAUAAUCUCUUUGAAAGCUAUCAAUGAAUUUGAGGAGUUACAAAAAAAGUGUGAAGAUAACUAUGCAAAGGACGAAAAAGAACUGGAAACAUUACAAGAAGUAUCUGGAGAAGUGCUUGGAGAAUAUGAUAAUCUUCAUAUAAAAUACACAAUCGAGCAAGAAUGUAGAGACAAGGCAGAAGAUUAUGCCAAGCAGCAAGUUAAAGAGAACAAGAUGCUGAAAAGACAAAGUGCCAUACUAUUAAACACUUUGGUUCAAAAAGCUGUGGACUUUGAUUUGGAUGAGCUUUCUGGAGAGGUUGAUGACUUGUCUUCAACAGAAGACCAAGGAUUGAACGACCAAGAAAUUGAAUGGAAACAGCAAGUUGAAUCACUAAAAAUCAAAAACGAAGAACUCUCACAAAACCUGAAAUGUGUCGAGGAAAAGCUUUGUGAAGAGAAAAGUGAACAUAAUAAAACGAAAGUAGAAUUGAAAAAUAACAUGGCAAACUUCAAACAACUUAAUCGAGUUUCUCAUUUGGCCCUUGAUGAUUUUUCUGACCUGCAAAAGAAAUAUGAAAUGGAAAUUGAGAUUCGAGAACAAGCCGAAAAAAUUGCAGCUGAGGCAAGUCACGAACAUGAAGCCUUUGCCAAGCAAAGAGAGCUAGUUUCUAAUGAUCUAACGGGUGAUGAAAAACUGCAGAAAGCUCUGGAUGAGAUUGGAAAAUUAACGAAGAAAUUACUGGAACAACGAACAGAGUUUGAUGGAAAGGUGAAAGAACUUGAGGAAGAACUGGCUUCGUCAAAUGACGCUCGCAAACUGAAAAGUUUGGAGGACAAAAUUAACACGUUUGCACAAGGAGUUGAAACAUUGGAAGAUAGGUUAACUCAAGCUCAAGCUCGAGCGACUCACGCUGAAGAAAAAGCCAAGAAGUUGGAAGAGGAACUGAAAAAAGCUAAAGUAUCCAACACUGUUCCCUCGGCUCCCCCACUACCUCCUCCUCCUCCCCCACCGCCACCUGCUCCCACGCAACUGUUUAAAAGGUUUGUGGGAAUGGUUGCUUUCAGUGGAAAAAAAAGUCUCAAGAGAAACAAGACGGUCAUAAAAGAGGACCCGCGUAUCAAGGCAAUGAGUGAAAUGAUGGAACGAAUAAAAACAGGAAAAGUGUCCCUUAAACCCGUUCAACGACAGGUGUCCAUGCCGGAGAGAUCUGAGACGGAAGAUGGUCGAGCUAUAGAAAACUUAAGAAAAACAUUAAAAACGUUGCGUCAAUCCCCGUCGAAAACAUCGAUUAAGGAAAGCGAGAAUGAAAAAGAAACAGCCCACACGUUCGGCAUCCAACUUCGCAAAACUGGCGAUCGAAAUGGGAGAUUUUCUUCAGAAUCCGACGAUUCUCCCAAUAAAAUUCCAUCCGUGACCUUACGUAAAGCGCGAAGUCACUCGGCAGGAGAACUCUUAGACGAAGAACCAACCAUGGAUAAAGACCUUGUCAAACACCUUAAGAGACAGAAAGCCGCCGCCGAAAGAGAUGAAAACAGCGAGGAAUCGCCAGAAAAAACCAGCCCGGUUAAGGAUAAGCAAAGAAAAAACAGCAGCAGCUAGCCGGAAAGCUUGGAAUCGUAUGGAAUAUCAUUGCCCCUUCGUAUUUGCCAUUAUAUGACAAUGGUUUUAAAUGUUCAUUCUUGACGUGGACGGAUAUUUACGAUUCUUAGGAAUAAUUCAUGUUAAAUUUUCACAGUAUAGGCAGUAAAUGUUCAGAGUCCAGUGAUUUUUUGUGGAAGACCACCAUCCUGGAUCGUUCUUUCGUGUACAAUCGUCAUUAAACCAUUUGAAUGUAUCUAGGGGGGGUGGGGUGGUAGCGUGAGUUUACUGCACUAAAAAUCACUGGACAUGUCAUUCUGUAGGAUAGUACUUAGUGCUACUGGAGAAGAAAUUUCUCACAUUCGCAGUGUAAAGUAUUUAUUGAAAAUUCAAAUUGAUGAAGAGUCAAACUCAACCUCAAAACAAAA